CAAAUACAACAGGAGAUGCUUCAUCACAAAACUUUUGAUCCACCCUCUCCCAUUCGCAAGUAUUUUUAAAUAAUUUAACUGAGCCUCUCGGGGGCGGUUUAUUUUUAUGGAGGUUUACUUUUAGAAGGCAACAUUUAAAAAUAUGAGAAAUAUUUUGGAGAAAAUACAGUAAUCAUUCGCAUAAUAAUUUUAGAACACGUACAGCUGCUUUGUUAGCAAUGAAACCAGCAACUGGGGUAAAAAGAAAUAAUGCUAAAGCAUCUGAAGGUGAUCUGAAAAUAAUUCUCAAAAAAUUUUUGAAUUUAACAGAAGGGGGAAAUACGGCACAUAAAAAAUCAGAUGUAAAUUCAAAGGAAUGGAUUUCUAUCCCUCCCUUAUACGAUACAGAACAUGGAGGAUGGUGUGCAACAUAUCCUCAUUUACUCUGUACAACAAGACAAAAAGAUACUUUACUUGAAACUCGUUCUGCUGUCCAAACAGGCAAACGCCCUCUUUUUUAUUUUCAUGUUAGGGCAGAAUUGUUCAGUUUUUCUGGUGCUUUUACAACAGCACAUACACUCUCAUUACCUUUUACUAUUGCAACGAGAAGAAAUCAGGAUUGUCAAGUUCAACGAAUGAUGAGUUCUUAUACAGCUACAUGUUUUUGGCUUUAUGGAACAAAUGUCUUUGAUGGUCUUUUACUUCAAUGGCAUGAUGGGGAAAUUGACUGGAAACAUUUUAAAUUGCUUUAUUCCCUUUAUUUUGCAAUGAAUGCAGAAGUAACAAGAACCUUUAUUGAUGAAGACUUUAAUAUCUUACAACAAAAAAUGCAUUGUUCAGAGUGUACUGAACGCACCACAAUUGACCUAACAAAUGAAUAUUCUUUGGACCAACCUUCUUUAAUAAGUUUCAAAAAUGUUCUCUGUCCUCACUUGCAUUUUACUUCACCAAAUUGUGAUUUGAGAUUUAGUGUUUGGAGAGGAAUGUUGGAACUUUUGCAUUUAUUCAGUGACCAAAAAACAGAAACACGAAAUUUAUGGGAGGCUGGAUUGCUUCAAGGAUUUAUGGAAUUAAAUACUGUAUAUUCAAUGCUACGAACACUUCCCGGCUCAGGACUUGUAAUGCGUUUAUCAUUAGUAGCAGGGGCUUGUGUUUGUAUUACUGUUAAAUGUUCAAAUGAUGAAUUUCUUGAUUUAGAACCUUUGGAUGUUAAAAAACUUCAAUCUAAAAAUUUAAAUGAUUAUCUAAAAGAUAUAAUUCUUUCUGAGAAGGUUGAUUUCGUUCUCGAUUCGGAUAAACAAUGGGUACAUGUUGCGGAGGUUCUAAAGCGUUGUCAGAAAGUUUCUGGAGAUAAUCAGGACCCUGCACAAGAAAUAAAAACGCGAGAAAUACUGUCUAAUGCUCUACAUCCAGGCCCUAUUGAGAAACAACAUUCAAUCACUUUCACCCCAAUGCGAGUUGCUGUUGUGACCUGUAAGAUAAACACUACAGAUAAUAACAAUGAACCAGAUGAUGAAUUUGCCACUGAUAAUUCUGUAGCAAAUACGAAUUCUCAACAAGAUCCAAACAACCAAUUAUCCCUUAACAAUGGAGAAGAAAAUUUUGAGGCCGAACUAAGGCAGUUAAUGCACAGAUAUGGAAAGACUCCAAAGGAUGUUGUAAAUAUAACUCCAAAUUUAUUAAAUCAGCAUUCAAUUCAACAUCAACAAAAGCAUCCAACUUCAACAACUGCUUUCCUUUUAUGUCAACAAAUGCCUAUAGUAGGCAAUGAUGUUCAGCAAUGUCAAAAGAUUGAUAAAAGUGGAGGAAAUGUUGGUGGACUUAUUCGUUCUGUACCUUCUUCCUCGACAUUAUCCUCUCAUUUGGAAGAGGAUAAUAUAUCAACUACAUGUUCGAUGCCCAAAAAGAUUUCUCCUAAUUCAUCAAAAACAAAUAAUCCUUCAUUUCAAACACAAGCAGACAGAUUUUAUUUCACAAAUAAUCGUAGUAGUGGUGGAAGUUUAAUGCCAACAAUGAAUAAACCAAUUAUUUUAAUGCCCGCAAUUGCUACAAACGCUAAUCCAUCUUACAUGAUUACCCCAUCAAUAUCUUCAAAUGGUUCACAUAGCCAAGAGUCAAUAUUUAGCUCAACACUUGACAGAAUUGAUAAUAAUUCUUCACUUUAUUCCUUAUCAACUAAUAAUUCCUCUAAUACAAUUUGCACUUCUUCCUGUUGUUCUUCUGCAUUAUCCACAACAAUUAGUGGAGAUAUUAAUGAAUCUUCACCAAUUAAUUCAAUUUUGUGUCAACAAAUGUCAAUCCAAAAACAGCCAUUAAUUAUGCUGUCAAAUUCUCAACAACAACAAAUAACAGAAGGGAAUGUUUUUCAAAAUUUAAAUUAUAACCAACAACAUUUAAAUCCCUCGGCUGAACAACAACAUCAACAACAAUUAUUGCAACAACAGCAAUUUCAUUUCCGAAUGUCUUGA